GUACCCAAAAUCAGGUAGCACCUUUGGGAAGGGAGGCUGCUUGGUGCCGCAUUUCUCAGCGGUACCCCUUUCCCCUGGGGAGCGGUGGGGUGCAGCCUGCUUGUGCCCAGGGUGGCUGGGCCACAGGCGUGCUCAGUGCUUGCCUGGAUUCGCAGAACUACCAGCAUGACUAAGCCACUGCGACCGAGUGGGAUGCUCUCGUUAAACCCUGUCAGGAGCCCGUCUUCCCUGCCUCAGUGACCACAACACGUUGUUUUAUGAGAUAAACUCUUUGCUCAGUGGGAGAAUGCUGUGAAGCAGCAGAGCCUGUGCCAGUGGGUCCCUGGCCGAGAGUUGUUUUGCAACCCUGUGACUUAAUUUCUGUGCCUGGGUGGCGAGGCUGGGGGGAGCGGGGCCGCAGGAGCCAGGCUGGCUAGGCAGGGAGGCACUGUGGGGUGCUGGCUGCUGCUCCCCCUCCCUGACCAGCCCUCCAAGCUGCUCUACCCUGGGCAGGGCACCCAGGGGUGUUGCUUGCCGGGCAGGGGACAGGGGCACAGGGCUGAGCAGCUGCCGAAGUAGGUGUUGUGAACCCUGUAGGUGACUAUGCAUGCGUGGGUCUCCCUCCCUGGGGGUGAUGGGUUGUCUGUGAUGAGGCACGUUUUGGAAUGUGCCCCCCAGUGAGCAUGCUGCAGCCAUGCCUUCCAAUUGUUGCAGCCACACUUGUGUCAGGAGAGAGCUUUUUUGGCUUGUAACUUCUGGCGUGGGCUUCACCUCACGCGGGUGUGCGUGCGUGCCCCUCUGCACUGGGGUGGCCAUGCCCAAGCACGGGGGGACAGGCAGUUCUGCCCUGUCUCUACACUCACCCACCCUUCUUCCUCCUACUGAAACCCUGGCACCUCCCAGUUGUUCGCUGCUCACAGUUGUGUUUUCCAGCCAGUCCCAAAGUCCUGAGUCACUCUGCCGUUUCCAUGGAAACGGCCUUGCUGACAGGAAUGGGUUUUGGGGGUAGAGGGUGCCGGUAGCUGGACCGGGAUCCAGCAGGCCCCAGGGAGGGCUUGCGGGGCGCAGGCGCUUCUCCAGUUCAUUGCCCUGGUGCUGGGGCUUGUGCCGGGGUUGGAGCAGGCACCUGCUUUGCACCUUCUUCCACUCCCUUUUCCUUUCCCCUGCCACCGGGAAGUGCAGAGGGGUUUCCCUGGCGGGGGUGAGGGAGCCAGGGUGAGCCCAGCUGGGCCAAGGGCACAACUUCUGGGGAGCUGUUGGGAGAGAGGGAAGCCUGGAAGGCAGCUGAAAAGAGCAGGUUUUUCUGACUGCCGUGUGAGAAAGCCUUGGAAACAGCAAUGACAGCAUCAGCUCCUGUAAGGUCUCCUGCCAUCACCCCCAAGUUUUUUGAACACAGCCACCUGCAGGGAGCAGCAAGGGAACCUGCAAGGAAGCUUGGGGCAGGAGGCAGGGCAGCUGUGUUGCUGUGGGUGCCCCCCCUGCCAAGAGAACAAGCUUUGGCUGGUCCAGGGCACUGCUCUCUGUAGCACCUGGCAGCUUUUGGAGAGGAGAAGAUGCGCGGGUCGCACCGCUCCCUGCAGCAGCCCCGCGAGUCCAGCCUGCUUGGCAGCACCUGAGCACAGGCACCAGUGUAGCCUCUGGCACCAUGGUCCUGCUGCACUGUCUAAAAGCAGGUCAUUCACAUCAAACCUGGGAAGACCAUCCCCAAAGUAGGAGUCGACCGCUCAGCAUUGCCUCCCAGGCCUGCGCUGCGGCUGGCCAGCCGCGCUCGCUGCUCCCCGCGCCGGUGACUCACAGAUGCCUUUCAGCUUAAUUCAUUGCCUCCGAUCUCCCCAGCGCUCCUGGGCUGCCUUGCUGGCUUCUCGCCUGCUCAUCCUCCCUAGAGCAGCGCUGGGAGUCAGGGGAGGAGAAGGAGUAGGAGGAAGGCAGGUGGUUACGCACCGCUGCCAUUUCGUGGGUGUGUGUGGUGGGGGGGUUGCACUGCCUGCGGCCAUCCUCUCCUCUCCUCUGGGCUUGAGGCUGCGUGAAGCAGGGCAGGGGAGAGGAAAGGCUCAGCACUUUCCUCUUCCCACAGACAAUGCUCCUGUCCCCCUGACAGGCACUGGCAGCCUCCUGCAGGGCUUGGAGCCAGUUGCCAGAUGCCGUGCAUCCCUUGUGGACAGCCUGGUCCUGAUUCGACUGCAGGCAGCCGGACAGAACUGCCGGCAAACAGUGGAGUGCAGUCUGGCAUGCUGUGACCAGAGCGGGGUUAAGGUCAGGGAAGGAGCAGCGGUGACCCCAGCACAGUGCAAACAGGAGCCCAUGUGCCCUCUCACAGGGCCGUUGCAGUACCAGCAGUGCUGGGGGCUGGAAGGUACGAGUGACCCCCACCCGAGCUCUCCUUCUUGUAGCCCCAGCUGCCUGGAGGGACCUACCAGACUCAGUUCCCGCCCUUGGGCCGCAUUUGCUCAUCAUCCUUGGUGGAGCUGAGCUAGAGACAGAGCAGAGGGAGAUUUCGGCUGGGAACAGUUUAUAGCAUGGAAACAUCUGUGAGUCCAGCGUUUUGGAUAACUCCCAUGGCCACAGUAUCUCACAGUCUAGGGCUGAGUAGCCAAACGAGUCUCUGCCUCACAUAGGAGUCUAAGCCCCACGUGGGGCUUGUUGCUGUUCUGGACUGCUGGCCCCAGUAUCGGUGCCUGAAGGGGAAGAGGUCAAUUUAAGAAAAAGGUCCCCUGUGGCAAGGAUGGGAGAGCAAGUGGCUGUCCAUUACACCUGUAUGUAGGAGACAUCCUUCUGCAGUGUGAUGGCUGCAGCUACUGCUUGGUGAGGCUGCCCCAAGUUGUGUGGUGCCACUGGCAGCUCCUCCUUGGCAGGUGUUUCACACCAGCCCGGCUGUGUCCAACAGCUGAGCGAGGGUGGGUGUGAGGGGAAGCGAUCCUCAGCCAUGCUGGCAGCUCCUGGGCACCAGGCACUUGUGCUGCCCCAGGAACACCGUGAGGGCACCCUGCUGCCGGUCACUGCUGCCCCUGGAGCCCGGGCCUGGGCUGGGCUGGGCUGGGCUGGAACUGCAGCCCCUUGGGACAGGCAGCAAUGGGAGGAGGCAGGAGAGCCAGCGGGGGGCUGAGAGGAGGCUCUGUCUGGCUUUAAAGGCCACAAACGAGACCUCAGGGAGAGAAGUCGUCUCCAAAAACCUGCCCUUCCCUGGCUGUGGCUCAGUAGGCAGGCAGGGCACACGCGGAAGGUGAUGAGGAGCAGACGAGGCUGAGACUGUGCUGUGUUUUCACACCUGCUCUCUCAAGGAGGUGAAUCAAUGCCCUGUUCCUUCUUCUCCACAGCUUGGUGUGGGUGGGCGGUGAACCUGAAAUGCUCACAGUCAGCGAUCCGGCAGGAAUUGGGACCAAGGAGGCACCUGGGCUCUGGUUGUCUUUUGCAGGGGAGCCAGCAGCGGGUUUCUGCCACAUCCCAGGACAAGCUGAGUGGCGUCUGCUCCAGCAUCCCUCAGCAGCACAGCAAGGAAUAGAAGCUGGGGUUGUGUGUGAAGGAUGCAGUGUGGCUGGCCAUCACUAGAGAGCAGGAAAGCGUUCCCACUCCAGCUUCCACCUAGGCAGAAUACGGAAGCCACCUGGGCCAGGAGAUGACAGUGGGGACCCUCCUAUCCUGUCCUGAUUUAGCACACCUGGAAAAACACUUUAUCCAAGGGAUGGAAGAUCCCAUGUGGACACUAGGGCCGGUCUCCCCUCUGCAGGACACCGAGACGACCUGUGAAGAAGCUCCAUGAAGGUGAUCAGCCAUGCAAUGUUCCUGGAAGGCUGUCCUCCUACUAGCCUUGGCAUCCAUUGCUAUCCAGUACACAGCAAUCCGGACCUUCACUGCCAAGUCCUUCCACAGCUGCCCCAUUCCCAACCCCGUGAACUGCAGCCUCAGCCAGGACAUAGAUGUGGCUGACAGGCUGUGUGACGAGAGCCCCACUUUAGCGUAUAACCUCUCCAGGAAGACACAUGUCCUCAUCCUCGCCACCACCCGCAGUGGUUCCUCGUUUGUUGGGCAGCUCUUUAACCAGCACUUUGAUGUCUUUUAUUUAUUCGAGCCCCUCUACCACGUCCAGUACACCCUGAUCCCAAAGCUGACCCAGAGCAAGAGCACGACGGACAGGCGGGUCAUGCUUGGGGCCAGCCGAGACCUGCUGAGGAGCCUGUACGACUGCGACCUCUACUUCUUGGAGAACUACAUCAAGCCCCAGCCCGUCAAUCACACCACCGACCGCCUCUUCCGCAGGGGAGCCAGCAAGGCCCUUUGCUCGCCGCCCGUCUGCGAGUCCCUGGGAGCUGUCGAUCUCCACCUGGAGGAGGGAGACUGUGUGAAGAAGUGCGGUACCUUGAACCUGACACUGGCCACCGAGUCCUGCAGAGAGCACGGGCACGUGGCCAUCAAAACCGUGCGGGUGCCUGAGGUCAGCGACCUCCGGGCCCUGGUGGAAGACCCGCGGCUGAACCUGAAGGUCAUCCAGCUGGUGAGGGACCCUCGGGGGAUCCUGGCGUCCCGGAGCGAGACUUUCCGGGACACCUACCGUCUGUGGAGGAUCUGGGACGGCACUGGCAGAAAGCCGUACAACCUCGAUGUGACCCAGCUCACCACAGUGUGCGAGGACUUCUGGAACUCCGUGUCCACCGGCCUCAACCGACCACCGUGGCUCAAGGGCAAAUACAUGCUGGUGCGGUACGAAGACCUGGCCAGGAACCCCAUGAAAAAGACCGAGGAGAUCUACGAUUUCCUGGGCAUCCCCAUGGACAGCAACGUUGAGCGCUGGAUACAGAACAACACCCGAGGAGACAGGUCCUCCUCCAAACACAAGUACGGGACAGUGCGCAACUCAGCGGCGACGGCGGAGAAGUGGCGGUUCCGUCUGUCCUACGAGAUCGUGGCGUUCACCCAGCACGCCUGCCAGCAGGUGCUGGCACAGCUCGGCUACAAAACCGCUGGCUCUGAGGAGGAGCUGAAGAACCUCUCCAUCAGCCUGGUGGAGGAGAGAGACUUCCUGCCCUUCUCCUAAGGCAGCCCCGGGGGGGCCGGUUUUGAUACGGACAGUUUCUAACUGUUGCCUUAUUUUAUUUUCUUUUGUUUUGUUUCCCCCCCUCUUUCUCUCUCUCGUCUUCUUUUCUUCAAAAUUUGCACUAAACCGUGAGCGGGAAUCUCAGCAGCUGAGUCCAGGGGAAGCAAUUGCUGCCCCCAAUACGUUUCGGACGCAAGAGGAAUUGGGUCUCUCCAAGCAAGAGUUGGAACUGUGGAUGGGUAACAAUGUUUACAAAACACAUAAAAUGUAUAAAGCAACCUUCAAGCUUUCCAAACCGAAGGGUACCUGGGGUACUGCACUUUGCACUGUUUACUUUUACAAUGUAAGAGGUAAAUAUAAAUAUAAUUUAUGAAUGGUGUUGUCCCCUCCAGAGUAACUCCCCUUGCCCCUGAUGAGCAGGUUAGACUGGAAGCUGAAUGUGGAACAACCUCCUGGUUUUUGAUCUCAGUGCAACAUGUCUGUUUGUUUAAGUCCUGUUAUUGGCCUGGGCAGUGGGUCAGCUGCUUGUAUGUGGCUGUUUGGUAACACCCGUGAUGUUUCUUUGUGCCAAAAACCCACAAAAGAAAAAAAAGUGAAAAAAAAAAAAAAAGUGGUUGGGUGAUUUGGUAAAAGCCCAACACAUUUAACACUUAUUUCUGUGUUUUCUGUAAAUAAAAGUGCAAUAAAACUGACCUGGGGGUGAA